CGACCCUCCCCUGCUCAGCCUCUCAGCGGGAAAGUGCGAGGAGAAGAAGAAAGAAAAGCAGAAGAAAAAGAGGGGUCAGCGGAGACGAGGGGCGCAGCGCGAGGCAGGCGGGAGCCUGUGCGAGAGCAGCUCGAGGCAGGGACGGGCGACGGGGAUGCUCUGAGGCACCGCUGAGGGGAGAAGUUGCUGCCGAGGGAGGAGGCCGUUGCACGUGCCCACCAGUGCAUUGUUUCGGACCUGCAGUGCUAAGCUCUCGGCGCCAGGGAAGCGCCCCCCAAGGUCACGCAACAGCAUUCUCCAAAGUGAUGUUAUAAAGAUGAAGCUCUUCAAGGGAUGUGUCCAUCUUGGAACCUACGUUUUUUAGGAACAAAGUAUUUAAACUUCAAAAAAAUCUGCAUUCUCACAUACCUACAUUUGUUUACUUUUGAUGAAAUCCAAGGACAAUGAACUCAUUUUGUUUUUUGUGUCUCUUUGCUCGGUAUGGUAAAAUCCCAUUCUUGUUUUGUUCAAUGGGAAAAACCUGAGCUAGUGUAUUAUAUUUUAAAAUUAAUAUUCUUCCCUCAUUGAUCCAAAUUAUAUAUGUCCAGGUCACAUAAAAUGUGCCUUUAAGACAUCACCGUAUUUGUUUCAGUACUUAUUUGUUUCGCUUCGUCUUUUUUUAAAAAAAAACAUUUCAAGGUCUUCAACUGAUUCUAUGAGAAUUUUUGAUAGAAAAUGACUUUCAUCCAUUUGGACUUCCUCUCUGACUGCUGUAAAUGGCUCCUUCCACCAAUACUUUAAUGGAUUAAUAUGAGGCAUUGCAUUCAUUGUUGCAUAGCAUUGUUACCAAAUGACUUGCACAAGCUGUGCUUCAAGUGCCGGGGGUCAAAUCACAAUAGCCAAAAGUGUCCUCUGUGCAGAGGAGAAAAUAAAGUUCUGUUGCACGUGGAUAGCAAACAGAUGAACUUGCUUGCAGUUUUGGAAGUAAGGACUGAUCACAGUGAUAGCUGGACUGGACUGUUUUGCUUGAAGAAAGGGAAGCUAUGCAGCUUAAUAUUUGGAUUAUUAAUAAUGAUGCUAGUAAUGGCAUCUUAUAUACUGACUGGAGCUAAACAUGGCUUCUUGCUGAUGCAGCCAGCACUCCGUUAUGGACCUUUCAUCAGCAAUUCAAAUUUAAUGGACAAUGAGAGCCUCUGUGAUAUGAAAGACCAUUACCAAACAUCUAAAAUAAAUAUUUCAUACACAAAGGAUUAUCCAAGCAUUAAAGCAAUUAUUGACAGUAUUACUUCAAACAUCGAAUUCAUAACCAGACCUCUUCCAGACUUGGAAGAUCUGCAAAAACAAGAGAUGCAUAUGUUCUCGGUAAUUCCUAACAAGUUUCUUUCAAACAGCAAGAAUCCUUGUUGGUACGAAGAAUACAGAGGAAACACUACCAGAGACCCUUAUGCUACAAACUCAUAUGCCUUGUAUUCCAAACGUUUUCGGACAUUAUUUGAUUACCUCAGAAAGGUGUUUUGGAGCCAUUUGUAUCAUUACAAGGACAAACACUACAGGCUGCGCUGUCUUCCCCAUUUCUACAUCAUAGGACAGCCAAAGUGUGGAACAACGGACCUUUAUGACAGGCUCAGGUUACAUCCUGAUGUGAAAUUUUCAGCCAUUAAAGAGCCUCACUGGUGGACAAGAAAAAGGUUUGGGAUAAUUCGUCUGAGAGAUGGAUUUCAUGACCGUUACCCAGUGGAAGAUUACCUAGAUCUCUUUGACUUGGCUGCUCAUCAGAUUCAGAAUGUGCUGCAGGGAGACAAUGACAAGAUGAACAACAUCAUCAUUGGAGAGGCGAGUGCUUCCACAAUGUGGGACAACAAUGCUUGGAUCUUCUUCUAUGACAACAGUACAGAAGGGGAGCCUCCAUUUUUAAUACAGGACUUUAUCCAUGCCUUCCAGCCAAAUGCAAAACUUAUUGUUAUGCUUAGGGAUCCUGUUGAAAGAUUAUAUUCUGAUUAUCUCUACUUUGCAAAUGCUAACAAAUCUGUAGAAGACUUCCAUGAAAAAGUGUCUGAGUCAUUGCAUCUCUUUGAAAAUUGCCUGGUAGAUUACUCCCUGAGAGCCUGUGUGUACAACAACUCCCUCAACAAUGCCAUGUCGGUAAGGCUCCAGGUUGGUCUGUAUGUUGUUUUUCUCCUGGAUUGGCUGACAGUUUUUAAUAAAGAUCAAAUAUUAGUUCUCCGCUUGGAGGAUCAUGCAUCCAAUGUUAAGUUUACUAUGCACAUGGUGUUCCAGUUUCUGGAUUUAGGUGCCCUAACUGAAAAACAAGAAGCUCUAAUUACCAAGAGUCCUGCAUCAAACACUAGAAGACCUGAAGAUCGUAAUCUAGGUCCUAUGUUACCGCUCACAAAGGAAAUUCUACGAGAUUUCUAUCAGCCUUUCAACAAAAAACUGGCUCAAGUUCUUUCUGAUGAAGCUUUUUUAUGGAAAAAACCCUGAUCUGUUCAUUUCUGUGCCACAAAUGCAGUGCUGAGAGAAAUUUUUAUUUUUAAAAAAUCCUGUUUUCAGGUGCAAGUAAUUACCCAUUAUGAAGUCCCAAGAAAGCCUAUUGCAGUUAAAUCUUUCUCCCCGUGGUUAGCAUACAAUAUAUCAAAGGAACUAUAUCAGAAGAACCUAAAAUCUCCAUGAUUAUCAAUCUCUUCUGCAAUUUUUUUCUUCCUCUGCAAAAGAACAGUGUGCAAAUAGCUUUGGUAUGAAUCAAUCUUACAUUCUCUGGUUAUGGUUUCAAAAUAUAAUUUUUAUGCUAUUGCAGUACAGAAAUUAUCACUAGUCACCUAAAAAUGCACAUUCUUUCUCAUUUUUAAUAUAUGUCUUGCAUUC